CAUUCUGAGAUCUCCAUUGAUCCAAGAAUCUCCAUUGUAAAAAUAUAGCAAUAUUUUGAGGGUCAGAUAAAGUAAAUAUCUAAAGGAUAAUUUUCCCGCCCACCACAUUGUUCUUAUGUCAUGUUAAUGUUCUUAAUAAUCAUAUUGUAAUACUUCAUUUGAACGAAUCACUAAGAUUUCGUGUGACUUUCCACAAAAAGCUGUCGAGCAGUUCAUUAAGUUAAUUUCGAGCCGAGGUACAAUCUUUUAUAUAAAUAAACAAAAUGGAUCCAUACAGAAAGCGCCAUCACUCUUUUAAAGAAACCCACAGAUCUCCAUCAGUACCAGUCAGACGAUUCUCUGUGUGCUUUGGAAAACGAUCUCUUAGCGUUGGACGUCAAGGUUUAUAUGAUGAACCAAUGCCGAUAUCUCCUUUAGUAAAUAUUGAAAAACACUAUCUUCGAUCCUCUUCUGGUGCAGUUUCUUUAGACGGCAUCCCGAAACAUGAUGAGUCGGACUUUCGGUCCGAAAACAGCGUCUUCAUGAGGCCUUCAUGCCCUUCCAUCAGUCUGGAGAAAAUGCUAUCUUUGGACCAGGAUGAGGGUUCGCCCAUGAGCCCUGACUUACUCUCAGAUGAACUUUUACAUGGCCAUGGUGGACAACGGAAUACACUUUAUUCCAUGGAUUUUUCACACCCCUUAUUGCAGAGGGGUAGUGUGUUGAGCAAAUCAAAUCGUAGCUCCCAUGGGAGUGAUACUUCUUCUGCCUAUUCAGGCUCUGAUACGAUGCAAUCUGUACAGUCAGUUUCGUUGGAUGAACAAGAUGUUGAUCUUUCGGGACUGGUUGAAAGUAUUGUGGAUUCAGAUGAAGAGGAGGAGCUUACUGAAUCUAUGGAGAGCCUAACUGUAAGGGAUACUGUCAGAGAAUGCUUAGAGAAAGAUCCUGUUCUUCGUACAGAAGAAGAUGUGGGAAUAAUUCUUGAAUACAUGCAGCAUUUACCUGCAUUUGCAAAUAUGACGUACACUGUCCGAAAAGCACUGUGUGCUGUAAUGGUGUUUGCUGUUGUUGAAAAGCCUGGAGUAGUUGUGAUGAAUGAUGGGGAAGAGCUGGACUCUUGGUCUGUCAUUGUAAAUGGUGCUGUUGAAAUUGAACUGCCAAGUGGAGAAAUCACAGAACUACAAAUUGGUGACAGUUUUGGCAUUACUCCAACUAUGGAGAAAAUGUAUCAGAAAGGAAUUAUGCGUACCAAAUGUGAAGACUGCCAAUUUGUAUGUGUUGCACAAGGUGAUUAUUACAAAAUUCUACACCAAGGGGAAGAAAAUAUUAAAAGGCAUGAAGACAAUGGGAAACUAUUAUAUGUUACAGAACUCCGAACAGUUGAUUCAGGGAGGAAUAAAGCUCAUGUCAUAAUUAGGGGUACUCCAGAUAGACUCCUCAUGCAGCUUGUGGAAGACAAUUCUAUGGAUGUUACAUAUGUUGAAGACUUUUUAUUAGCAUACCGUACAUUUAUUGAUGACUCAAAGAUCAUUGCAGAUAAACUUCUUGUUUGGUUUGAUGAUCCAAGAUAUAGAGACAGAGUUACGAGAGUCGUUCUUUUGUGGGUUCACAAUCAUUUCACGGAUUUUGAAACUGAUGUUAGAAUGAUGGAGUUUUUGGAACAAUUUGAAUUGAAAUUAGAAAGAGAGAAAAUGCUUGGUCAGCAGCGACUUUUAAAUAUUGCUUGUGCUACAAAGGCACGAACAAGAGUCAUUACCCUUGCCCGUUCAACAAGAGAAGAAGUUUUACACUUUUCAAUCCUUGGAGGGUAUGAAACUGGGUUUGCUACUUUUAUCUCAAAAGUGGACAAAGGUUCAAAAGCAGAAGAGGUUGGACUCAAAAGAGGAGAUCAGAUUUUGGAAGUGAAUGGCCAGAGUUUUGAAGUCAUGAGUCAUGUGAGGGCUUUAGAGUUGUUGCGAGGGACCACUCACUUAUGCAUCACUGUGAAAUCAAACUUACUUGCUUUCAAGGAGAUGCUGAGUGCUCCUGAGAAUACGACUCGACGCUGUCGCAAGGCUUCAGAAAUCUCUCUUCUCCAGCAUGAUCCUCGUUCAAGGUUAUCUUCUCAGGUGGAAUGGCAUGAAACUGUUGGCAAUUCCCAUGGGACAAUGCCUGGUUCACCAACAUCAAAAGUGAAUGGCUCAAAUUACCGUUCCACUAGUGAAGGAAAGAAGGAAUCAGAGAAGAAAGGUUAUUCAACACUGGGCCAUAGAGCCAAGAUCCGCAGAUUUUUAGCUCAUAUCAACAUUAUUCCGAGAGCACUGAACCCGGAAUCUCAUUUAAACAGUUCGGAUGAUAGUCUGUACUCCAUCAACAGUAGUAGCAGUGGCGGUUCUGGAAAUUACAGUGGCAGAGGAUCAUCUCCACAACCAUCUAACAGGGGUACUCUUUAUCACAGUCACAGUAACCCUGAUUUAACUUCUUUAAAUCCACUGGAUGAAGUGCGAUUGGAGUUUCCAGAGCAUGUACUGAAAAUUUACAGACCUGAUCAGACGUACAAACAUUUACUUGUACAUAAAGAAACAACUGCAAGAGAAGUUGUUAUGUUAUCUUUACGAGAAUUUGGUAUUACUGAAUCAAGCAGCAAAUAUUGUCUCUGUGAAGUAUCUGUUGGUGAAGGAGGGGUUGUAAAACAGCGUCGAUUACCUGAUCCCCAACAGAAUUUAGCUGAAAGAAUCUCACUGAACAGUAGAUACUAUUUGAAGAGUAAUAUGUCUAGUGAUUCAUUGGUACCUGAUGAACUUGCUUUGGAAUUACUGAGGGAAAGCCAGGUGCAUUUAUUGCAUUUAAAUAGUGUUGAAUUAGCAACACAACUCACAAUUGAAGAUUUCAGCAUUUUUCGACAGAUUGAACCUACUGAAUAUAUAAAUGAAUUAUUUGAAGUUAAAUCCAAAUAUGGGACACCUAUGCUAUCAAAAUUUGUGGAGGUAAUUUCUUUAUCAAAAUUUGUGAAGUUGGUUAACCGAGAAAUGUUUUGGGUUGUAACAGAAGUAUGUUUUGAGCAUAAUUUGAUCCGACGAAUGAGAAUCAUUAAACAGUUCAUUAAAGUAGCAAGACAAUGUAAGGAAUGUAAAAACUUUAAUUCCAUGUUUGCUAUACUGAGUGGCUUAGGGCAUGGAGCAGUUUCUAGAUUACGUCUCACAUGGGAAAAACUCCCUACAAAAUAUCAAAAAUUAUUUGAGGAUUUGCAAGAUUUUAUGGAUCCAUCUCGAAACAUGUACAAAUACAGAAAUCUUAUAAACUCGGAUCACAUUCAGCCACCAAUGAUCCCAUUUUAUCCAGUAUUGAAAAAGGAUCUUACUUUCAUACAUUUGGGGAAUGAUUCCAUUAUUGAGGGCCUGGUUAAUUUUGAAAAAUUACGCAUGGUUGCUAAAGAAAUCAGAAAUGUCAGCAGUAUGUGCUCAGCACCUUAUGAUCUGUUUAACAUGCUUGAAAGUGGAGGAGCUCAUCCAACUGCAGCUAUGGCAUCACUUAAUAGUUUUGCAACUACCACAAAUGCUGCAACAGUCAAGCGACGAAAGAAAAGUUCUGCACAACCAAAUCCUAAAAAAAUGUUUGAAGAGGCUCAGAUGGUUAGACGAGUGAAAGCUUAUCUUAACAAUUUAAAAGUGGUUACAGAUGAGGAUCAGCUGCAUGCCAUGUCUGUGGAAUGUGAACCACUGAUUACAUCUGCGAAUACUCUUCAAGUGAGAAAAAGACAGCCAUCACCAACUCUAUCUGCAGCAAGUAGUACCAGUAGUUCUUCAGACAUAAAAAAAAGCAGUAAUCCUAAAUUUGGAGCUGAUUCUCCACAGGCAGUGAGGAAGCUUCUUGCGUUAUCCGACCCAAACAAAGUGCGUCCACAUCAGCCAUUGCGUCCUCCUGUUAAUGUGUCACCUUCUUUAUCGCCAGUAACUGGCCGCCGGUUCCAUGACCCACGUCCAAGUUUUGCUGCCGAAAUGGGAAGCAUAACUGUGCCAGUUGACUUGUAUCCAGAAAGUUCAAGCCUUUCGGCCGCUUCCAUUAAGAAAUCACAGACAUCUGGCUCUGUAACAUCGUCGGAAAGCCUCCACUUUCAACAUUGUGAGACUGAUUCAGGCCAUGGUUCUACAAGCUUUGAUAGCCACAGCACCAGUUCUGCUGGCUCUACUAAUUCUCCUCCCCACCUAAAGAGACAUGCAUCUGGUCCUUGUGGAUCACACUAUGUGAGAAGAUUUCCUGAGUAAAUGUCAUUCCAUAUUUGUGUUAGAUAUGUAAAAUCAUGUUAGAUGUAUUGAAUCUCAUUUCUUGCUGUCCAGUUGUUGAUUUUGUGGUGUAAUCAUCAAUGUGUAAGAUUGCAAUAAUUGAUUGAAAGACACUGUUUGCUGUCAUUUGCUUUUCUAUGUGUGGUGAAUUUUGACAUGAGAGUUUCAAGUUCUCACCAAAGAUAUUGACUUAAACUUUUGCAUUGUGAUUAAAUGUCUGUGGAGUAACUUAUUUGUAAUAUAUAAAUCAAAAUGUGUACAGCCGAAGGCACAAAGUGAUGUGUUCAGAUCUGUGUCCCUUGAUUCGAAUUUUCCGUUUUUGUAUGAAUAUGUAAUUUACUUUGUUUGAUAUGUCUUUUGUUGUAUAAUAAGUUGCUGGAUUUUGUAAUUUCCUUUCAGUGGAGGUUCAGAAUUAUAUAUUUUUUAAAACAUGAAUGAACAUUUGUGAAUUGUUUAUCUAUCAUUGUGAUAUUACCAUUACCAUAGUCAUAUUCUGAUUUAAAUUUAAAUUUUUUAUUAAUAUGUAAAAAUUGGUUUUUACAAUCGAAAUAGUUUUUAAAGAUUUCUUGAACUGUGACUGUGAGUAGUGAAGUAAUGCAAUGGUCAUUCAAUGGAUUUAUUGUUAUGCAUAGCUAAGCGUAACAAAUAUGUGUAUUUUUUUUGGAGUUCCUAUUUGAGUUUUCUUCUGCAUUUUUCUUGUGUUCAUUAUUUCCUAGGAUAAAUUUAUAUGAAGUUUUAUUUUAGAAUUACAGGAAGAAAAUCUCAUUGCUAUUGCAAAAUUUAAGAGUGUGUAUAUCAUUAUUCUCUUUACAAAAAGUUAUAUUUCGGAUGCUUUUUUAUAUAUUUGAUUGGAGAAAGAUGAGAAGAAAAAUAUAUUUAUGUAAGGAUAAUAUUUAUUGUAAAGUUUUGUCUAAGGUCAUUUAGGGUUGGAUCUUGGUUGAUUUAAAGUGAACAACUUUGUUGGAAAGUUAAUGGUUUGACCCACGUGUACGUAUAGUUUUGAGCUUAGACCCUUAUGAAAGAGACUUAAUGCUGUGAGAUAUUGCGAGUAUAUGCUCCAUAUUUUAUGAUAUUUGAUUUAGAUCUAAAAUUUUAUUGUUUUGUAACAUUUAGCAACAUAAUUUGUAAAAGCAUAUUUGUAUAUAUACUUACCAAAGAUGUAAAUUAUGAAUUAGGGGAAAAUCUAUUUUAUGAUUCGAUAUUGUCUGUUGUCCCAUUUCUUGUAUGUUUUGUAUUAUAAGUAUAUUUAUGUACAUAUCUUAAAGUAUUUGUUACAUUUAGACUGAUUUUUUUGAGUCAAAUGCCAAUAUUUAAGAUUUUGCUUUUAAUUGUUGGCUAAUGAGUAAGAAAAAGAUGGGUAUUGUUAUGUACACAAUUAGUUUAGAACAGCAAGUGUUUGUCAAUCAGAAUUGAUUUGUGUCAGUCUUUUUGUAUAUUGUGAGUUAAUCAUAAAGCUUAAACUCUCAUUAAUGAUUAAUUUGUCUUGUUUUCUGAAAUUUGAAUUAGAAUUACCAUUUAAAGACCAAUAAUCUAACUCUCCAUCCAUAUGAUCUGAAAUUAACAAUUUUAUAGAAAUUAAUUUCUCAAAAGAUUCAUAUCAUAACCCACCUGUUUUUAUAUUGUCAUUUAUAUUUUAUUCUUACCUACUCUUGAUAGGUAGGUCUUUUUUAAAAAUAUAAUUACUUCGUCUUCCCAAAUAAUGCUCAUUGAGGGUACUUUACGUUAUAGUAAAGUGUUCUAAAAAGUUUAUCAUUUUUUUGUGAGUAUUUCCUUGGAAAAUAUUUCUUCUUCUGCAAAGUAUAUAUGCAUUUCUAUGAACAGUUUCUGGCAUUUUCUUUUAAAUAUGAAUAACUUCCAUAAGUUACUGUGCACCAUUACAACAAAUACACUAUUCAUAUUUUUUAAUUUUUUAUUUUGUGAUAAAUCUGAAAUAAUAGUUGUAAUAAAAUUCUUUCAUAGAAAAAAUUUGGUCCAUUGAAGAUUAUGAAUGAAUCAAAUUAUUUCAAUCAAAAAAAAAAAUUGUCGAUUGUUAAAGUUAAAAGUGAAUUCAAAAACUGUUGAAGCAUUUUUUUCAUAUAUUAAAUUCUUCUCAAAGUACUAUUUCACUCCAUAAUUUUUUUAUAUUUAAACUUUAUUGAAUAUCAAAGAUAAAGAAAUGUAUUAAGUCAUUUAAAAUUCUCAUAUUUCCAUCAGUUUUAUAAAGAAACUUAAUCUGAAAAUGAAAUUAUUUGGUUGGGUGUAAUUGAAUAAUUCAAAUUCAAUUACAUUCAAUUAUUCCACAAUUCAAAUAAUUUCCUUUUAUUUAUUAAUUUUAACAUUAUUUUUGUUUCGUUUGAAUUUAUUUCGCAUUUUAAUUUGAAAUGUGUGUUUAGAAAUAUUCACUAACUUCUGCUAGCAGAAAUUAAUCGUUAAGGACCAAUUGUGAGAUUAGGAUGUUUUUGUUAUGUUGGCACUGAUACUGUUUUAUAUUAGAUAAUUAGUAAGUUUUCAUCCUAAUAUGUUAUGCUAAGCUGUGAACAUGUGGCAAAUUUAGCAGGCUCUCUAUUAUUUUAAAUGUAAAUACGUGUACUUUAAGAGUAUCAGCCUGAACUAAAAAGAUGUUCUUAAAAGAAACUGUAGUGUUUUACAAUGAGAUUGUCAGUGUGUAUGAAUUUUUAUUCAUUCAUAUACUUGCCGAAGUUUCUUGAUAUAUGUCAAACUAUUACUUUUAUGAUAGCUGACUGGUUUUUAGAAAUAUGUGAGCUCAGCAUUCUAAUUUAAGUAGGUUUGAUCCUUUAAAUUCAUUUUAUUAUUUCUGAAAUAUGUAUAUUUGAAUUCCAAACCUAAAUGUAUGAUUAACUUUAUAAAAGAUUUACAAGAUUGCAUCAUUAAUCACAUGCAGAAACUUGCGGAUUCAGAAUUUAAAUAUUGUUGAGAUCUGCUAACUGGUGCUCUUUCAUAUUACUAAUGAAUUAUUUGUCAUCAAUGCCAUCUCUUGAGUAUAUGAAGAAGUACAAGCUAAUGGAUUUCACCCAUAUUUGAUUGCAGUAUAUGACCUUAUGCUCUGUGGGCUACAAUAUGUAAACUCGGAUGUAAGAUGAAUUUUAGAAAUCGUUCAAAAUCGUUUUAUUUUCUUAGAAAAUAUAUUGUAUUAAGAAAGAUAGAUGCAUUUUCAAAGCAUGCAGUUUUAUAAAAAUUAAUUAUUCUAUAUAAUUAACAUGUUAAUUUUUAGAUAAGAAGCUUUAUAUUUAAAACAUUCUAUUAUAAUUUCAUGGCUGAGGUGUGUAAAAUUUUCAUGUUUGGAAACAUUAAUUUAUUAUUAUUAUUUUUUUUAUUUUAACAAACUUGUAAAUUGUUUUGCUAUUUAAAACCAGAAUGCUUGUUUUAAUUUGAAAUAGAAAGUGGUAACUUAAGAUAUUGAAGAUUAUUGUAUUAAUUUAUUAAAUAACUUCUCAGAAGACAUAAAUGAUUUGAUGCAAAUACUACAACUAGUUAUU